UAAAAAGACAUUCUAUCGCUUAUCUUAUCGUUGGUUUUUUAAAAUUACAAUGUAUUUUUAAUGAAAAUUAAUUGAUUAGUAGCCAUUUGCUGUUCCUGUUUUGUGCCGAUUAAACUGGUCUGUCCGUUUUGUUGAAUGUGUUAAGAAUUAUUGAUUUUACUUUAAAUAAAAGAAUUUAAGAAAAUGUCUGCCGAACAAAUGAACGAAAACGUGACAUCGAUCACCGAUCUGAGUCCCACAUGUAUGGAAUCUGUCAACAGAUUUUCCAAAUUACCCAUGGUUGAUUGCACGAUUAAAACGGCUACUAGCCUUUACGAAAAAGUAAAAGAUUACAACAGCGUCACGAACUGGACCUUCUCAACAGCCGAAAGCACCGUAAACAAAGCCGUAGAAGUUGGAAAACCCAUCGCUACGCCAGUCAUCAAGAACUUCGAAGGCCCCAUUAAGAAAGUGGACAGCGUUUUGUGUUCGGGAUUGGACUACAUCGAAACCACGGUGCCCGCUGUAAAACUACCACCGGCUCAGAUUUACAAUUCCACCAGAAACUACGUCACGACGAACGUUUCUCCGGCGUACGAAUCGGCCAAAACCAUGGCGGAGCCCGCUGUUAAAACCGCCAUGGAUUUCGUCGAGCCGGUCUACGAAAGGGCCAAAUCCGCCGUCGAACCCGCCGUCGAAAGGGCCAAGACCAUCGUGGAGCCUUUGGUGCAACCAGCUUUGGACAAAGCUAACGCCAUUAAAGACAACGUCAUGCAUAAAGUCGAGGAAAUCUUGAACCAAGGGCACAACCACGAAGAAUUUCUUGUUGCAGGGCAAGUACUGGAAUGCGAAGAAUGCCAGGAGAUUCGCAAGAAAGCCGAGGAAGACAGGCACACUCAGUCGCAUUCGCACGAGUAAAUCAUAAUUAUUUUUGUCCUGUACCUAUUCAUUUCGGUGUUUUUGUUUUCUUUUUAAUAUUAUGCCAAUUUUAGUAAGACUGUUUAUAAUAAUUGUAUAGGAGGUAAUAAUGUUAUUUGUAUAGAAAUAGUAGGUAAAUCAUUAAAAAUCUGAUUAUAAUGUAAUUGUAUUUAAGGUAAGAAUUAAUUUUAUAUAAAUAAAUUUUCUAGUUAUAAA